GCGACGGAGCGGGAGCCCCGUCCUGUCCCCGGGUUUCGAGGCCUGAUGCUGGUUGCCGACGCCCUCCGAGCGAAGCGACGCGCCCCCAGAAGGCGUCGAGGCCUCCUUCCUCGGGCUUGCCUUCUCCCUUGAAGGUUCUGUAACAUGUUCAGCUGAAAUAUUGUCUGAGUGGUGCAUCUUCCUGAGACGGGACAACAGCUGCACAAGAUCAAGCCAUUUGAAACAGAGCCUUUGGAUUGACUGGUGAAGUAGAGGGAACCAUCCAUCUCCUUGGCUUGCUUCGUAGACCAUCACUUGGCUUUGACCUGCAGGCAGGCACUGUUAGCUUCUGCUGCACAGUUGAGCAGAUGGAGUCCAAAGGGAGCAUCCGAAGUGGAAACAAACCUGACGCCAAGAUCGCCAGCUCUGGGAAGCCGGAGAAGCCUAAUCCUGGGCCUGUGGCAACUGGUGAGAAAAAAGAAAUGCCUAAGGAGCAACCAGCUCCUGCUACCACCCCAGCAAAAAAGGGGGCAACAGCAGCAAAUGAUGCCUUGAGCAUGCUGAAUGACCACAGCAACAUAAAGCCUAGUCCUACCACAGCAACAGAAGGCCCUGAAGCAGCCGCUCCGUCUGCUGACUCUGAGCACAAAGAGAACAAUGCAGAAGAAUCACCAGGCAGCAGCAUCUUUGAGAACAUGAAGCCUCUGAUCAUCGUGGGAGGGGUGACAGUGGCUGCCAUAGCUGUGAUAGUGGGUGUGGCCAUCCUUGCCCGAAAAAAAUAAAAAAAUUGAAAUUAAAAUUUAAAAAAAACCAAGAAGUACAGGGGAGAGAAAUUCUCUGAGCUGUGUACAGUUCCUUUUCAGACAAAUGCAUGCCGUAAACUCUAUACAUAAUACCUAUAAAUAUGCAGUAUAUAUAUAGAGAGAGCGCAUUAGGUAGGUAAAAUUGCUGUGCUGGCCACUUGACUCAUUCAAAAUGAGCGUGCCAGGGUUGAUCUAGUGUGGGUACGCAGCGCACUUGUGCUCUUUUGUGUAAUAUAAUUUGGCUUGUACCACCAUGUAUAGAUGGGCUUUUUCUGGUCAGUGUAAGCUGUUGCUAUGUUUCCUUUCCAUAGUCCCUCUUCUCAUCUUCAUCCAGGUGUUCAAACUUAGUUCCAGUGUUGCAUUCAGAGCCUUUUGCUUUCCAAUUGGAUUAGAAAGGGAGAUGUUUCCUAUCAACAGGACCACCGGUUCCCACUUCUUGUCCUACUACACUAAAGCUGUUUUGAAAACGUUCAAGGAUUCAUAAGGAGGCAGCAGCUUCUCCCAUCAAAGAGGUGCUUGGUGCCCUCAGUACUCAUUUCAUCCACCUUUUAUCAGAGCAUCAGAAGUGGAAUCUCAUCUUCUAAGUUGCAAGGUUAUAACCAGAACAUGGCUGGCUGGCUGGCUGAAAUUACUAGAAGCAAGUAUGACUUAUUGAGUUCUACACUGUGUAUUUUGGAUCUCCUAAGAGUUAUCCAAAACAGGCUGCCCAUUUAUUUGAGCUGACAUUGGACAUUCCAAGAGCAUUCUUUUUGCAUCAACUUUGAGAUAUAUGUCAAGUACAGAAACCCCUGGCCCUACACUGGUGAAUUGCAUAUACAUACAUUGACAGAAUGUUUUCUCUCCAGAUAUUUAAAUCAAUGGGAUCUGAAACUAUAGAUAUCAAGAAACCGUUCUGUGGAUAUGGAUGUGGGAUUAAUACCAGUGCUUCUCCAUGGAAGGCAGAGUGCUAUAUUUAUGUAUUUUGAAUGAGGUAGAAGAGAAGGUAAGAAGCAAAUGUAGUACACAACAUAUGAGCUUGUUUUCUUUCACUUAGCACCAAGCUCCUUGGAACUGGAUGGGCGAUCUUUGGGUAUUUAAUGGCUGUAAUACUGGAGGUGACAGAGGACUGGUAUAACAUUUCACUGAAAAUUAUGUCGUGAAAACUGACGCAUUGGAACUGUUUGAUCCCCCUCUACUUCAAUUUGAACUGAUGGGCGGUUAAGAGGAGAAGAAAUUUCUUGUAUCUUGGGUUAACCUUGCUUCAUUGGUGGCCUUCCUAAAAUAAAGACAGACUUGAAGCAGGAAAGAAGAAAGUUAGUAUCCUUUUAUUUAUCUGCUGAAGAACUUUUCAGAAUCACAAGACCAGUGGCACAUAGAUUAUAGGAAUGAUAAAAUGACGAUUCCAGAUAAGAAUCUUACAUUAAAAUGUCUAUUUUUUGCUUGGAGUACUCUAGCAUAAAAGUGGUCAUCAACAUGAGAUGAGCCUUUAUUUAAACAAAAGAAGAAACAGCAGCUAAUUAGAUAGGCCAGAAGUCUUUUUGCUCUAUUAAAUUGGGAAAACAACAAGAUGUUCAUCCCAUUAUGGACUAGGUUACAAAUCAAAUAUCUAUCCUAGAGUUUUGCUUUUUUUAGCUUGUCUAAUUCUAGACCAAUAACACAAUUUGGAAAUAGGAUAAGGUGGUGACAGUGGCAGGACUACAGUUCAUCACCUUAAAUAACAGCAAUUUCUCUCUCUUGUAUUUAAGGCUGUGAUAUGAUAGCUUAGGUCUAUAAGGGAAUCAUUCACAUACAGCCAUUGCUGAGUACUGUGGUGUCCCACCAUCUUGAAUCAUUCUCUGGAGCCCGCCCCCAGUCUGAGAACACCUGUAUUCUUGUGUGAAUGUAUACAAGCUUCUUUAGUCCUACUUUAUUUGAGAAUAUCUGUGUAUCUGUAUUACAGUUUCCAGGAGUCUUUGCAAGGCUAACAAAUCUGUAUUCUUUGUACAGAAAGCAAAAGGCAACCAUUAUUUGCUCACCUGCAUUCACACAAAGUGUCCAUGUUUUUUGUCACUUGCAUUUCAUCAUGCAGCACUCCAAAACAUGUUUUCCUUUCAAUACAAGAAUGUAUGGUCAGCCUACCGAUGAAUGUACAAUCACCCCUCAAGUGCUAGGAGCUGAAAACAACAAUUUCUAAAGAGUCCCUUUCCUAACAAUAAAUUUAAGUCAGACUAUUCCUGCAGUUAUGGCUAGAAGAAUCAGCUGUGCACUUGGCUUUGCGGGUAGGGAGGCAGAAACUGACAACAUGUGCAAACCUAAGAGUUUACACAUAUCGCGGGUAGUAGUGUAGCUCUGGCUUCUUGACAUUUUGGGAGAUGGAAGGCUGCUCACCUUCCUUCCCCUUGCCUGGCUGCUGCACCUUCUCUUCUUCAACUCUUCCUGUAUUGGCAGCUAUAGGGAUUCAAGACCUGCACUGAAUUGCUACCCGGGUUUCUUCUGCAACAUGCAUACACUCCUCUCCUGUCUACUUCAUUGUGUUAAAGAACAAUGUACCAUCCCUCACUAGGCCAAUGUAACCCUGACUGGGAGACUGUGUAUUCAGAAUAUGUGCACACAUAGGCAUCUUCCCAGUUCAACUGAUCUUGUGCUUUGUGGAAGUGUAGGAACCUUGCAGUGAAGAACACUAGUUGUAUCAGUAAACACUCCACUGCAAGCUUCUAAACAUGCACCUCUGAUCAUAUGCAGGGUUUUUGUAUACUUAGAAGCCAAGCAGGUCAGACUAUAACUGCAUCCUGACUUGUAAUAGCUGCUUUAAUUAUGCAAACUCUCCCACACUUCAUUGCUGGCUUUUGGAUGCUGCUUUGUUUGGCAUUGAGGAGACAUAUUCUCAAGGUACUAGUGUUGUUGGGUCCCUAAUGAAGCCAGUCAUUGCUUUAAACUAUUUUUUAUGUGUUCUUUUGCGCCAAUGUUCCAGAAUGGACACAUCAUUAUACAGUUCCUCGACUAUUUUUUCUUGUAUGCAUUCUAAUAGUUCCGUCAUGUCUUUCCUCUAAAGCAAUUGUGAUGCUCGCCCUCCAUGUUAUCAGUAUUGCAGUCCUAUGAAUUAGACAGGGUGACCUUGAUCUAGCCAUUCUCACUUUAACUUAACUCUAUAUCACCCCAGUUUUCUUAUGCAGCACGCCUGUGCAUGUCUGCUUUGUUUAAGGAGACUCACUCUCACGUAUAUCAGGACAGGACUGCAGCAUCAUUUGGUCUGCGGCAGUAGAGUAGCCUGUAUGAAUUGUCUGAUUUGUGUGUCAUUGAGGACAUGCUGUGCAAGAACAGAGCUCUCCUUGCUGGGCUGCCUAAGGAGAGAUGGAGCCUCUCCAGCCAGAACAACACACACAGGAAGGGGGAGUAGCAGAGGUGGAAAAAUAACAAGACAGUGUGCUAUGUUUUUAAAUAAUAAUAACAGGAACCUACUUAUGUGUAAUUCUCUUUGCUUGUGCCAGAGAAUGUUAUCUAUUCUGUAUGUGAAAGAGCCAUUUUAAUCUCAUAGGCUUUGGGAGAAUUAGCCUCAAUAUUUAUUUUUAUGGUUUUAGUCAUUCAUGUAGAUUUAUUUGUUUUCCUACACAUGCAUACCAAGAUCCUUGUUUGCCCUAUAAACAUACCUUAUAAGGAUUGGGCAUGCCCAUUUACAUGGCAUUGCAUCCAGUAAGUUUCACAUUUAGCCACCCUGAGUACAAAACUGAUUGAGAAUAAAUUAAGAUUUAGUAUUCUUGACACAUUGGACUAUAACUGAUGGAUGAAAUCUGUGUUUAAAGAUUGCUCAGAUGCAACAUUGCUAAUGUGUAUCUUUACCUAUGUUAAGGUAAAAUGCUCUGUGUCACUGGUGGUUCCUUAAGACUAUUUAUGUCACUCUGUGUAAUUUCUGUCAAUGAAUGCUUCUCCAAAGCAGCCUCUCAGGCAAACAUAGUCAACAAAAGACUAGGGUGCUGAGUGAGGCAUCCCAAUGCUUUGCUUGUUUGCUAUUUUCCCAUUAUGUCCUCCCAGCAGCUUUUAGUCCUAUAUGGAAGAAAGAAAACCGGGAACUCUUUCAUUCUCUAUGUAUGGGCGUGAAAGUUGAAGCUGGGAAAAGAGGGGAGAGGAAAGGAUUGCAAGGCGCCUCCUCAUAUCCCAGUCCUCUUUGAUGAAGAUCAUGGCCUAGGGGGCUGCUUUAGAGAAGGGACAGCCUUUGGAUAAAAAGGACCUAAUUACCUUGCCAAGUAUCAGUUCAAAACAGUGGCUCUCCUAAAGGUGAUGUAUCUUAAAGGCAAACAGUGGAACUUUGGCCAUUUCUGCCACCCCCACCCCCAAGCCCUAUUCAGUCCACUGCACUCCCCUGCCCACACCCACCAGUUCCAGAGAAGCUUUGUCAAUACCAGGAUGUAUAGAGUUUGGGUAAGAAGGGAUCCUCCUGACACUGUUCCUUUCUUCCUGAAUCCCUGGUAAGGGUCACAAUAUACAGCAAACCCACCCCCAUACACAUACCUAUUGACUUCUCUGCACAAUGGAACUCCCCACCCUCUCUAGAUGGACUUUAUUUAAAUUCAGUUUUAAAGUCAUUUUAAAUGUAAGGCUGAAUUCUGCUCCAUAUUUGAAACCUGCAUUGGCUGGGAUGUGUAUUUUUCGUCUGAAUUCUGUCUUCUUCUAAUACUAUUCAUAUGCAACACAAGGAAUAUGAGAGGCAUAUGAAAAAUAACUAUGCUACCGUUUUUCACUAGACUUCUAAGAACUGAAGGCCAUGCUUUGCUCUGAAGCAGCACAGUAAUACCUAUUCUUUAAUUAGGCACCACCACAUGUGAUUCACAAAUAACACUUAUUACAAUGCCUAAAUGUGAGGAAUCAAAUCAAAUUUAGCCCAGAGCUAAUUAACCUUGUGAUCUGCCAGUUUUCUACCCUUGUGUUUUCAACUAGACUCCCAAACUGUCAAAAGAGCAAGGGGAAUGCAAGAUUGCCUCCAUAUUCUUUUAGUAAUAGACCUAUGUAUUUGUUCUUAAAGGUACUUGAUUAGACUCCCCCUUUUUUUCAAUUACUGUAUGUUUUUUCCCUAUACCCACAAUCAAAGGGAAGGCUAUAGAGUAAUACUUACAAAUGGGAAGUAUUCAUUUAUUCAAUCUGAAUGCCCAUCAUUUGGUUUAGGACCGACAUAGAACAGUAAAAGUAUACCAGAUGACCCCCAUAGCAAGUGUCAUUUCAAAAACAAUAAACAUGUUUUUGAAGGGUCCUUCAAGUUACUGUUAGUCCCCAAUAAUUUUUUUUUUUCAAAGUGGAACUUGUCAGUUAACAUCUUGAUUUCUUCCCCCAGUGGAUAGACCCACUUGUUGCCAUAGGCUUGUUUAUAACAUAUAGGUUUAGAGUUUUUUGUUUAAUUUUGGAGUCAGCUGUUGGAGAAAACAUUUCUCAAAUGGAAAUGGAAACCUGCUGGAAAAUUAAUUUUUACCUCCCUGAAUUUUUAAUCUUGCCUACACUUCUAUGGACACUUUGUAUGGGCUGCAGCUCAACACCUAAAACAGCAAAGAAUUUUUUCCUUUCCCAUAUAGUAUUCUUUUUUAUUUGAAUUUUAAAAUGCGUAUAAAUGCAAUAAUGCAGGUAGACUAGAAAUACUAGAUUGAAAUUAAAGUAGUUUAGCUUGUCCCAUUGUGACCUACAGUGUUGUAUGACACCCAACGCUGUAUCCUAGCAUUCUUGAGGCUUUCCUACGUAGCUGAAUCUAGUAUUAGCUUUGAAAAUCCAUUGUGUGAAUGGCGGGGUGGGUUGACUGGAAAUGUGUACGCUUUACACACUGUAUGUUGUUUUCAUCAGAAGCUAUAUGGCCACUCCUUAUAUAAUGAAACUGUAAAUGAUUCCCAGUAUACCUGUAACUCUUAUCAGGAUUGUGUGAAAUAAACUAUGUAUAUUGUA